UCCGCCAGUGACUAAGCACACACUGACGUGCGUAAACAAGGCGGCGCCUCCGCAUCUCUGCGGCCAAUCUCAGCUAAUCUGAAACAUCAAGAACCUUAACUCAAUGAAUAAAAAUAUGUUCUUGGCAAUGCAUCUCAACAAAACUCAUUUCCAAUUUUACCGCAAAUUCUCUUCCAGACGAACUCCGCCUCCAAAUCUCCAAGCGUGCGUCGCUUCGCUUCAAUCAUGCGCGCAGAAUCGCGAGCUCUUGGAGGGUAGAAAGGUCCACGCGCGUAUGAUCGUCGGCGGCCAUCUCUCUUCUCCGGUCUCCGCCACUAGCCUCAUCAAUAUGUACUCCAAAUGCAGCUCGGUCGCCGAUGCUGUAUCCGUUUUCAAUUCGUCGAAAGACGUUCACAACGUGUUUGUUUAUAAUUCUAUUAUAGCUGGAUUGACUGCUAACGAUUUUCCAUUUGAAGCUUUCGAAUUUUAUCGCCAAAUGCGGUCUUGUGGUGUAGAGCCGGAUAAAUUCACGUUUCCUUGUGCGAUUAAGGCGUGUUUGGAUGUUUCGGAUUUGAGGAAUAUUCAUGGGCUGCUAUACAAGUUUAAGUUGAAUUGUGAUCCGUAUAUAGGGAGCGCUUUGCUGCAUUGUUACUUGAAAUUUGAGGCGAUGUAUGAUGCAGAGCAACUGUUUGAAAGAAUGCCGGAAAGAGAUGAUACUGUGCUUUGGAAUGCUAUGAUCAAUGGGUUUGUGCAAAUUGGGGAAUUUGGUAAGGCCUUGGCCAUUUUUAGGAGGUUGGUUGAGAUGGGGCUUGUGCCAAAUGAAUUCUCAGUCACUGGAGUGUUAUCAGCUUUGACCCUGGCUGCCGAUGUCUACAAUGGCAAGGCGGUUCACGCGUUUGUGAUUAAGAUGGGACACAACGUGGGAAUAGAGGUUUCGAAUGUACUCAUUGAUAUGUAUGGGAAAUGCAAGCACCUUAAUGCUGCAUUACUGGUUUUUGAUAAUAUGAUUGAGAGGGAUAUGUAUUCGUGGAACACGAUUGUUAGUCUUCAUGUGCGAUGGGGAGAUCAAAACGAAGCUUUGAGACUCUUGAAGAUGAUGGUGAGCUUGGGGUUUCAGCCUGAUGUGGUGACUGUAACUGCUGCACUCCCUGCUUGCUCAUAUUUGUCAGCGUUGAUGCGUGGUAAGGAGAUACACGGCUAUAUGAUUUGCAAAGGGAUGCAUAAGUUAGGUAGUGUAAAUAUUGCUAAUGCUAUCAUGGAUAUGUACGCAAAAUGUGGCAGUUUGAGGGAUGCAAGAAUGGUUUUUGACGAGACAGAAGUUAAGGAUGUUGCUUCAUGGAAUAUAAUUGUGAUGUGUUAUGGUAUGCACGGAUUUGGAGAAGAGGCGCUGAGUAUGUUUUCUCUCAUGUGUGAGGGCGGAUUGAAGCCCGAUGCAGUCUCCUUCGUUGGGGUAUUGACAGCCUGCAGCCAUGCAGGCUUUUUAAGUCGGGGGCAAGAAAUUCUUGCAGAAAUGCAGCCGAUAUAUGGUGUCACACCAGAUAUUACACACUAUGCUUGCGUGAUUGACAUGCUUGGUCGAGGUGGGAAGCUGGAGGAAGCGUUUGAACUGAUGUCUCACAUGCCAAUUGAGCCAAACCAUGUUGUGUGGAGGUCAUUCUUGGCUGCGUGUCAGGUCCAUGGCAAUGCUGACAUGGCAAAGGUUGCGUCUGAGAGGGUUCUUGAACUCGAACCGAAUCACAGUGGGAAUUAUGUAUUGAUGUCUAAUGUUUUUGGAGCUGCCGGGAGAUAUGCAGAGGUGGCGGAGUUGAGGCAUGAGAUGAGGCAGAAAGAUGUGAAGAAAUCACCCGGUUGUAGCUGGAUCGAACUGACUGAUGGUGUGCGCGUGUUCCUCAAUGGAGAUUGCGAAGAAAACUUUGACGAUGGUUUGGAUACACUAACUUUGUGUUUGCGAGAGCACGGCCUUACAGUAGAUACUGUAGAGAGCUGUUUUUAGAAGUUGAUGUUUGGUGAUUUGAACAGAUUGUGUAUUUCGUCCUUCACUUUGAAGUGAGGGAAUGGAUGCUUUUGUAGGUGAGCAUCUGCAUCACUCUCUAAAAUCAGUGCUUUUUGAAGUUAAUCAGUACUCGAUAAAUGAUGUCUCUCUUUACCCCGACUUUUGUAGAUUGCAGCAUUAGCU